AUGUUCGAGUUUCAAUACGUUCGCGGCUUGAUCUGUUGUCGUUCGUCGUCAGACUCUCAUUUGGUUAUGAUAUACAACCCUACCACGAGGCAAUCUAUUUCUUUACCCGAGAUCGACUCUCCUAGUAACAACGGAAUGGGCUGUUUCUUUGGAUACAACCCUGUCAUGAAUCAAUACAAAGUAAUGUGCGUGAUUAAUGGACCGGAGCAUGUUUGUCAAGUUUUUACAUUGGGAGAUCCAAAGAAGCAAUGGAGGAACAUCCUAGGUUUUGGAAACCACUCUCCAAGUGCAAACACUACACGUGUACACAUUGAUGGAACUAUCUAUUACGUAGCAAGAGCAUUUAUAUGGUCCGAAAAUGGUCCAACAUAUAGAUUUACUAAUGAAACUAUGGUUUUGAGUUUCGACUUUAGGUCCGAGAGAUUUGAUCAUAUCAAUGCUCCUGAACCAGUGACAAACCCCUAUAGGAAUCCGACUCUGGUAAACUACAAAGGGAAGUUAGGAUGCUUGUGUUGCAACAUCUGUGCAAUGUCUUUAUCCAAAGGAAACAACGGUGCAGAGUUGUGGGUUAUGGAGAGUGCUGAGAAACAAGAAUGGUCGAAUACUAUCUUUUGCUUGCCUGAUUAUUCGUUCAAGGGUUUACUUUGUGUCGUCCGUUUUUCGGGCGUCACUUUAGGUGGUGACAUCUUUAUAGUCGAGCAUUUAUAUCGCCCCUAUGACCCUUUAUACGUCUACUUUUAUGAUCCAAAGCAGAACAGUUUUAGAAGAAGUGAAAUCCAAGGCACUUCAACGUCGCAUAGUGAUUCUGUGAUUAUCGUUGGUGUGUCCGAUCAUGUUGAGAAUACAAUGUGUUUGUAA